UUUAAUAUAUAAAUACAUACAAAUAUAUUAUAUCAAUUCGCGAUUCCGUAUACGGAUAUAGGCAGGAUUGGACACGGCUUAUGUAAUACAUAUCUAAGUGAUAUUGACAAGUGUACAGCAGCCAUAAGCCGUGCUCAAUCCUGCAAUCAGAAGAGCAAAUAAAAGAAUCAUCUGCGCACAUCUCGUUUUUUGUACAAUAACUGUACAUAACUUAUUAUUUUCUCUGGUGAUUCGGUACGAACAGAUGCACCAAUUGGUAAUAAAAAUCGCAUGCUGAAUAACAUGAAAUUAUAAUCUGAGAUCGGUGAUAUACGGAUUCAAUUCUGAGCCUUCUGUAAUAAGCACUUUACAAUCUAUUGCUACAAAUCUUUAUAAUCUAGCAGUAAAAUUUAUUCUUAGUGCAAUGGUACGAAUUGAUAAAACCCAAGUUCUCGUCGAAAGUGCGGUUUUAUCUGUCUGGAUUUUUAUCUUUCGUCGACAUUUAUUAGUGGUUAGCUUCGUUGAAUGAUUUACGCGUUGCUCAAUUUACGCUAAUCUAUGCUCUGUACAAAUUUUAGUCUUUAGCCACUCGUUUUGGAAUUUAAUCGUCGCUUGUGCCGAACUUUGAAAUUCUCAGACGACAAGAAGAGAGAAGAAACGUUCUUUCCAAUCGUGGUAUGCCAAGUAUUCGGCCUCCAUUUUAACAUAGACAUUUUUAAAACAGAAAUCGUAAAUAAUUUAGAUAACUUUGCCCCUAAACCUCGCAAGAAAUAUUUCGAUUUCUUCAAAAAUGAUUUGUAGCACUGCCAUGCUAAGCCAAAUAGGUUCUCCCACUCCGAGAGUCAUCUUCUCAGCAUCUUCUCGGUUUCCUUUACUCUGUUUCACGUUAGUGCUGAGGUGGAAACGAGAAGAAGCGGGAGGGGAAAAUUAAAGGAGUAGGAGAAGCUAUUUAUCUCUACGGAGCAACAUUUCUCACCACUUGUAUAUAUCGACAGUACGUAAAAACUGAAGAUUAUCCCGAUCACCUGAGCUCCAGUACUCCACGACACUUGUAAGCAACAUAGAAAAUAACAAAAUCAAACGUAAUCUUCAUCUCUUCGAAUGCCAUUCUGAAUAUAAAUAACAAAGUUAAUGUACCUACUUUUUCAAAAGAACCAUAUUCAUUUUUAAAAGCGCAAACUCAUAUAUGAUAUUCGACAAGACUCCAUUUUCAGAUAUCCCUCGUUCAUUAGAAAUAAUUGCGUUAAAUAGAAAACCCUUUCGAUUUCGGGAUCAUUUCACGUAUCAGACGCUACUAUCGUUUUUCAAGUCUACUAUUUCAAGUUUUUCUAUUAUCACGUGGAGCCCUCGCCGAAGAAGAGUCUUGAUCUUGCUGAUUGCAAAAGACCCCCAGCAAACAUUACUUGAAAUCGAUAAUCGACCAACCAUUUUCAUUCCCUUGCUCUACUCUUGGUAGACCUCGAAGUCACCUGCAGAUCUCUACUGACCUGAAUAACACGUCUCGAGUAAUAGUUACAGAAGAACUGCUGUAUCAUUUAAACAUACCAAGGACUGGCAAGUAUGAAACAGUGCAGUGCGGUGCAAUGCUGCUCUUCUCAGAGCGGCAUGUCGAUUAUUGACCAUUGCCCGUUGGCUUAAUCAAGGAACUGCUCUCUUUAAUUAUGAUAACUACGGACAAACCAAUUCAUUUAGAAGAACAAUCAAUCGGAACUCCCUCCUAUUGGUCGCUAAUCUAUUUGACGUUGCGCAAUUUCUUACGUACAGCCGGCAGAUUCAUUGUCCAAUGGAGUAACGUCCAGUGUCUUCAUCAUCGAAGACGUUGGACGUCUAGAUGACUGCUCGUUCGGCUCUUCAAGUCGACUAGACUUUUCCAUAAUUUUACAGAAGCCUGGCAAUAAUUAAUUCACCAAGUAUCCGAUUUUCUUGGCAGAAGUGGGAGUCAAAAAGUCGAUCAGGAUGCAAGACGAAGAACUGGAGCAGGACGAGAAGACUGUGCUGAGGAUCAGCACCUUCGACAGCAUCUUGACUUAUGUCGGUGACUUUGGGAAGUACCAAUGGUAUUUGCUGCUCUCCCUGUUCCCUUACACGGGGGUCUACGUGUCACUGUACUUUUCUCAAUUCUUCUUGACACUCGUCCCUCGUGAACAUUGGUGUCGCGUCCCAGAGGUGGUCGACUUGAACUGCACCUCGGAGGAACAAAGGAUUCUUCUGGCCAUUCCCAAAGCCGACGAGUAUCCUUACUACGAUGGCUGCUAUCAGAAGGACUUGAAUUUCAGCAAACUUCUGAGAGAAGGCCAUGAAUUCCAGUCAUUAGUGUGGAGUACGAACAAAACUGUCCCAUGUAGCGACUGGGAGUUCAACUAUACUCAAAUUCCAUAUCGAAGCAUUGCGGCCGAGUUAGGUUGGGUAUGCAACAAGGCGUACUUGGUCUCCACGGCGCAAGCGAUUUUUUUCUGCGGAUCCAUUAUAGGUGGAUUUUUCUUUGGAUGGCUAGCCGACCACCAUGGUCGAAUUUUGACACUGAUGGUCCUCAAUGGGAUUGCACUAAUUGCGACGAUCGCCACCGCUUUUGCGAGCGAUUUUUGGUCCUUCGCGAUAUGUCGAUUCUUCGCAGGGUUGGCCUUCGACAAUUGUAUAAACAUUCCCUUAAUCGUCGUUGUGGAGUACAUGGCGGUGAACAAGAGGACCUUGGUCUUCAACAUGACUUUCGGUCUCUUCUUCGCCCUGUUAAGUACGAUGCUGCCUUGGGUGGCUUAUUUCAUCGCUGAUUGGCGGAAUUUCACAUACGUCAGUUCCAUACCGAUAUUGCUAUGCCUCCUGACCCCAUGGAUCAUUCCUGAAAGUGCACGCUGGUACAUAUCCAAAGGGAGGAUGGAGAAGGUUUUCGAGAAACUGCAGAAAAUCGCAACAGUCAAUGGCAGGACCUUUGACCCGAAAAUCUACGGCAAAUUCGUGAAGGGACUCAAAGAAUCCAGUCACAAUGCCGAAAACGCGACCCUGUUGGAUCUUUUCAGGACUCCUCGCCUUGCCAAGCAUGCCAUCCUCUUAAUUCUCUUCUGGUUCUUAACAAUUGCAACAUUCGACGGCCACGUGUACUCGUUGAAGCUGCUUCCUGAUUCAGUAUUUACAUCGUUUUCCUUGGCAUGUGCAACGGAAUUGCCGGCAGGAGUGCUGCUAACUUUAUUGCUGGAUCGCUGGGGGCGAAGAUUUUGUGGGUUCAUCACAAUGGCCUUAACUGGUGUCUUCAGCUUGGUGACCCUCCUCCUUCACUCAAGCGCACUCUUACUGACAAUGGCAAUCCUUGCUCGAUUUUGUCUGAACAUGGCGGCGAACAUUGCUCUUCAGUAUGCAGCAGAAGUGCUGCCGACUCCAGUAAGAGCCCAAGGUGUCGCAUUGAUCCAUAUUUUUGGGAUUUUCGGACACGCGAUAGCGCCGUACAUCGUAGAUACGGCAUUAAUUUGGGGCGGAUUACCUAUGUUGAUCAUGGGGAUCUUGUCCUCGAUCACCGGAAUCCUGGUGACUUUCCUUCCGGAGACGCUGGGCAUGGAUCUUCCUCAGACUCUCCAAGAAGGGGAGGACUUCGGAAAGGACCAGUCCUUCUGGGCCUUACCUUGCUGUACAGAUAACAAUUUAUAGACUAGGAACAAUUUUACGACAUUUACAAAUUUCUUUGAUAAGUAGAAUGGACACAGACCUGACCUAGGGGAAAUUUCAGCGCUUAUGACCGAUGGUCAUCCAGAAACAUUUAAAGAUCUGCAGACAAGCCGUAUAUUUCGUCGAAUCUGCCUCCUAAAUUUGUGAUACCAUUCCUUAUCACCUAUGUCAGACUUGAAAUUUCCGGAAUAUUUUAUUGCGUCCGAAGUAUUUCAGACACUGGUGAUUUAUUAAUCCGCAUCUCAUGAGAUGCUUCAGGCAUUCCUGGAAGUCAAGGAAAAGUCAAUAAACGGGUUGAUUUGAAAUCUUGAUUUCUCGUUACUUCAAUGGUACAAAUUCAUGAGAUUGAUGCAAUUAAAGCAAAGAGAAAAGGCUUCGUGAAUUACAACUGUUUUUAUUUCUCUCCGUGAAUGACAAUGUCUACCUCGUCCAGUUACUCCACGAUCACUAAAGUUAAUGGCUUCGUAAACACUGUACAAAGUAUUAAACGACGUAUCUUGCA